ACAUAAAUAUACGACAUAUAUAGUCCAUAGGUUGGAGGUGUGGUUUAAAUUCCCAAGGGGCUUUAUAGUGUUACGUCAGCGUCAUAUCACAUAAGGGGCUUUAACCAUUCCCUUAACUUGCAUCCAAUGUUUUAAAAUCCCUAUUAAACAAAAUACAAAAAACAAAAAUAAAGAGAAAAAAUGAUUGGUUGAAAACAAUGGGUCCCACCUGCAGCUGCCAUUAGCGUUCGUUACUGGGCCGGCGGAGGAUCGAUGACCCCCCCCCCUUUGGCGAGCAGGGGAUGGGAUGGGUAGGGGGUACUAACGAGGCUGAGGUGGCCAAGGGCGGUAUAGCAUAUCCCUGGCCUUAGAAGUUAAGUUUAUUAUAUCAAAGAAGAUGGAAAACCAAAAAGAGACCACCAUCACCAUUAGCAAAGACACCAAUACCACACCAAUGACGACAGAAGUUAGCUUGUUUGCAAGAAAGACACUUCUAAUACUCAACUGUCUCUUGUUAUCUAUCGGAACCUGUGGUGGUCCUUUGAUCAUGCGCCUCUACUUCGUCCACGGUGGCAGCCGCGUCUGGUUGUCUUCAGUCCUACAAACUGCUGGGUUUCCGUUCAUUAUUGCGGUUAUUAUAAUUCUCUACUUCUGCCGCAGUGCAGUGGCAAAAAACCAAAACAACAAAACCACAAAGUUGUUCUACAUGCGUCCAAGAUUAUUCUUGGCCGCGGUUUUCAUCGGCCUCAUCACCGGUCUCGACAACUAUUUGUAUGCUUAUGGCGUUGCCCGCCUCCCCGUCUCCACCUCCUCGUUGAUCAUAGCUUUCCAGCUCGCUUUCACGGCGUUUUUCGCUUACCUUGUUGUGAAACUAAAGUUCACACCGUAUUCUGUCAACGCGGUUGUGCUGUUGACUGUUGGGGCGGGGGUGCUGGCGUUGCAUGCGAGCAGUGACCGGCCGGAGGGGGAGAGUAAGAAGGAGUAUACGAUGGGGUUCGUGAUGACGUUGAUGGCAGCGUUGGUGUAUGGGUUUUUGUUGCCGUUGAUAGAACUAACGUACAACAAGGCACAACAGGAGAUUACAUAUACGUUGGUGUUGGAGAUUCAGAUGGUGUUGAGUUUGUUUGCUACUGUGUUUUGUGUGGUCGGAAUGAUUGUCAACAAUGACUUCCAGGUGAUUCCAAGGGAGGCAUCCAAAUUCGAAUUCGGGGCAACCAAAUAUUACAUAAUAUUGUGUGCUAGCGCCUUAAUUUGGCAAUGCUACUUCCUAGGAGCCAUUGGGGUAAUCUUUUGUUCUUCAGCGUUGUUAUCAGGGAUCAUAAUUUCUGUUCUUCUUCCUGUAAUAGAAGUAUUAGCGGUUGUUUUUUAUAAAGAAAAGUUUCAAGCCGAAAAAGGAGUUUCGCUUGUUUUGUCUCUAUGGGGAUUUGCUUCUUACUUCUAUGGAGAAUAUAAGGUUACGAAAAAAGCUAAAAGAUGCAACACAUUCUCCUCAACAAUCAAUGGAGCUUGCUUAAGUUAAUUCCGCAUCAGUAUAAUCUUAAGCUUAUAAAUAAUUUUCAUGUUGUGUUAUUUAAGUCGAUAUAUCAUAUCUUAAGUUAGUUGUAAAGUUUAAAUAAGAAUAUUUAAAGUUAUAAAUAAACCUUUUAGUAAA